UUUUUUUGAUAAAUUUUCUUAUGAAAUGGGUUUACAGCAAUCAAAGGACCAGCUUUUGUAUCAACAAGUCAGAAUUGGCAACAUUAAACGCAUUAAAGACUUUCACAGGAUAGGUGCUAGCCUUGAGGUUGUCAUUCUGGAACUGCUCUUCAUCAUGCUGCAAAAAAAGGCCUAGAACAAAUGGUUAAGCUACUGCUUUUACAUGGUGCUAGUGCCUUGUUGAUGAAUGAUGAUGAUCAAACUGCACUCGAUGUUGCAAGAGUCAAUGGAUAUAGCGAUGUUGUUCGUGGAAUUGAGAACCACAUAUGCUUAUUCUCUGGUUGGCUGCGAGCGCUUUAUAUUGUGCCAGGGUUUGCUCAACCACCUCCAAGAAAAGUGUGGGUAGUUAUAGUUCGAUGUGGAGCACGUAAGCUUACAAAGCCUUUCAAGUUAGAACUUGUUAUAUAUUCUAGCUUAGAGAAUGCUAAACCUCACUUAAUUAUUCCACUGGGGAAGGCGUACAUUGAUGAAACCAAAUUUUAACCAGCCCGAUCCUUCAGUUAUCAUUUCUAUUUCCAACAGUAAUUUCUUGAUACUUUUGGAUUACACUUAUUUACUUGUAGAAUUUGUAUUAUUUUAUGUUAAUUGUUUUCCUUUUAUAUUUAUAGUCAUGAGACA